GUACCGCCGACUUAUUGCACCUCCAGGUCUGCGCCAUUUUGGUUGCCGUUACACUCAAGGCUCUUCCUUUACCCCUGAAACGCCGCCAUCUUGUUGCUCAAGCGGGCGCCGCCAUUUUGCUACCGCCCACAGGCAUUACCCUAGCCGCCGCCGCCAUCUUGUUGUACGGCAUCGCUCCGCCAUUUUGCUCGCCCCCCCGGAAGUCACUCCGCGCGGGCGGAAGUGGCUCAGUCCGUACCGGAAGUGGCGCCUCCGCCAUGGGUUCGGCGAAGAAGCGGGGCGGCUCUGAGGCGGCGGAGGAACCGGCGGCGGCGGCUCCGGGAGGGGGAAGCGCAGGAGGAGGAGGUGGAGGUGGUGGAGGUGGUAGUUCGGGGCGUCCCCGCGAGCACCGCAAACACCGGCACCGUGGCGGGGAGCGACGGGGAAAGAGGAGCCGCUCCCGGGGCGAACGGGGAGGAGGAGGAUCAUCAUCAGGAGGAUCGAGGAGAGCGGCCGGCGAGGAGCCGAGCAGGGGGAGCCAUGGCCGGAGCGGAGACGGCGAGAGGAGGCGGCGAGAGCGGCGAGAGGAGCGGGAGGACGGCGCUCCUCCCGCCAAAACCCCCGUGGGGGAAACCUCUCUCAGCGUUGAAGAGACCAACAAACUCCGGGCAAAACUGGGGCUGAAACCGCUGGAUUCGGCGCCGGCCAAGAAAGAGGCGGGGACGCAGGAGGAGCCGGUGGUGGCCGAAGCUCUGAACCCGUUGGCGCAGCGACAGCGUCAGGAGAUCCGCGAGCGCUUGGCGGCCGCCAAAGAGAAACGGCUGCUCAACCAACGCCUCGGGAAGGUGCGGCCCUUGGGGGAGGAGGCGCCGUGGUUGGACGACGCGGCCGCGUGGAUCGAGCGCAGCCGCCAACUGCAGCGCCAGAAGGAGAUGGCCCAGAAACGGGCCAAACUUCUGGAGGAGAUGGACCAAGAAUUCGGCGUCAGCUCUUUGGUGGAAGAGGACUUCCUGCGCCGCAAAAGGGAGCUCUACAGCGCUCGAGACCUUCAGGGGUUGACGGUGGAACACGAUUUGGAGGCCUUCAAAGAGGGCGAAACCUUAGUCCUGACCUUGAAGGACAAAGGAGUCUUGGAGGAGCGUGAGGACGUGUUGGAGAACGCGGGUUUGGCGGCGGCCGAGAGGGCGCGAGAGGCGUUGGAGCUGCGCAAGAAGAAACCCAACUACGACCCCUACGACCUCGAGGAGGCGCCGGCGCCCGCGCAGGCCGCGCUCCGUCGGGAUCCGCUGCCGCAGUACUCGGAGGCUCCGGCGCGGCCCUCCUUCCGCCUCGGGGCGGGGGGGGCGCUCCCCGCGGAUUUGGGGGUCCCCCCCGGCCCCGCCCCCCCCGGCCCCGCCCCCCACAGCCUCCAACUGCCGCCGCUGCGCCCCGCCCACGACUACCUCACCCCCCAAGAGAUGCGCGAGGGUUUCCGCCGGUGUCGCCGCCGCGUCCGUCGCCUUCGGAGGAAGGAGAAAGCGUUAAAGGCGGAUGAACUCCUGCCCGGAGCCCCCCCCGACCCCUAUAGGGACUUCGGAUCCAGGACUCGCGGCCGAGGGCGGCGUAAGGAGGAAGAGGAAGAGGAAGCGGAAGAGGAAGUGGAAAAGGGAGAGGAGGUGGAAAAGGAAGAGGAAGAGAAAGGAAAAGGGGGGAAGGAAGAAGGGGGGGAGGGGCAGGAAAAAACCCCCCCGGAACCCCCCGAGAACCGCGACCCCCAAGUGGAGAGCAGCAGCGAUGAGGAGGUCCCCCCGGAUUCUCCGGCGCCUCUGGAAGAGGACGAAGCCGAACGGGAGCUGCAAUUACAGUUGGAACGAGGACGACGCCUCCGACAGCUCCAACAGUUACGACAGAACGCGACCGAAAAGGUGUUGGAGCGGAUUCGGGACUUUGAUGACUUUUUGAUGGAUUUUGAUGACGUUUCGACGGAUUUUGAUGACAUUUCGACGGAUUUUGAUGACAUUUCGACGGAUUUUGAUGACAUUUUGAUGGAUUUUGAUGACAUUUUGAUGGAUUUUGAUGAUUUGAUCAAUUUUGAGUACUUCUGUCGAAUUCGGAGCGUUUUUCAGCCAUUUUCGAGCCGCUUGGAGCACUUUGUUGACCCCCACUUGGUCCUCUGGGUCCUUUUCUCACCUCAGGCCAAACUUCUGGAGGAGAUGGACCAAGAAUUCGGCGUCAGCUCUUUGGUGGAAGAGGACUUCCUGCGCCGCAAAAGGGAGCUCUACAGCGCUCGAGACCUUCAGGGGUUGACGGUGGAACACGAUUUGGAGGCCUUCAAAGAGGGCGAAACCUUAGUCCUGACCUUGAAGGACAAAGGAGUCUUGGAGGAACGUGAGGACGUGUUGGAGAACGCGGGUUUGGCGGCGGCCGAGAGGGCGCGAGAGGCGUUGGAGCUGCGCAAGAAGAAACCCAACUACGACCCCUACGACCUCGAGGAGGCGCCGGCGCCCGCGCAGGCCGCGCUCCGUCGGGAUCCGCUGCCGCAGUACUCGGAGGCUCCGGCGCGGCCCUCCUUCCGCCUCGGGGCGGGGGGGGCGCUCCCCGCGGAUUUGGGGGUCCCCCCCGGCCCCGCCCCCUCCGGCCCCGCCCCCCACAGCCUCCAACUGCCGCCGCUGCGCCCCGCCCACGACUACCUCACCCCCCAAGAGAUGCGCGAGGGUUUCCGCCGGUGUCGCCGCCGCGUCCGUCGCCUUCGGAGGAAGGAGAAAGCGUUAAAGGCGGAUGAACUCCUGCCCGGAGCCCCCCCCGACCCCUAUAGGGACUUCGGAUCCAGGACUCGCGGCCGAGGGCGGCGUAAGGAGGAAGAGGAAGAGGAAGCGGAAGAGGAAGUGGAAAAGGGAGAGGAAGUGGAAAAGGAAGAGGAAGAGAAAGGAAAAGGGGGGAAGGAAGAAGGGGGGGAGGGGCAGGAAAAAACCCCCCCGGAACCCCCCGAGAACCGCGACCCCCAAGUGGAGAGCAGCAGCGAUGAGGAGGUCCCCCCGGAUUCUCCGGCGCCUCUGGAAGAGGACGAAGCCGAACGGGAGCUGCAAUUACAGUUGGAACGAGGACGACGCCUCCGACAGCUCCAACAGUUACGACAGAACGCGACCGAAAAGGUGUUGGAGCGGAUUCGGGGCGCGGGGGGGGGGGGAGGGGCGGCGCCGCCCCCCACGGAUCCGCGCGGAGGAAACAUCGUUUUUAACGCCACCUCGGAAUUCUGUCGCACUUUGGGGGAAAUUCCCACCUACGGAUUGGCCGGAAAUCGCGAGGAACAGGAAGAGCUCCUGGCCCUGGAGCGCGCGGGGCGCCCCUCCCCCCCCGGCCCCCCCGAUUCUGAGGGCGAUGAGAACGUGGGGUGGAGCAGCGUCAACCUCGCCGAGGAGCGGCAGCACCCCGAGUUCUCAGCCUCUUCCACCACCAUUCUUGACGAGGAGCCCAUUGUGAACCGCGGGUUGGCGGCCGCGCUGCUGCUCUGCCAGAACAAAGGGUUGUUGGAGACGACGGUGCAGAAGGUUCCGAGGGUGAAGGCUCCCAAUAAAUCUCUGCCCUCGGCCGUGUACUGCAUCGAAGACAAAAUGGCCAUCGAUGACAAAUACUCGCGGCGCGAGGAGUACCGCGGUUUCACGCAGGACUUCAAAGAGAAGGAAGGGUAUCGCCCCGACGUGAAGAUCGAAUACGUCGACGAAACGGGGCGCAAGUUGACCCCCAAAGAGGCCUUCCGGCAGCUCUCGCACCGCUUUCACGGGAAGGGAUCGGGAAAGAUGAAGACCGAACGGAGGAUGAAGAAGUUGGACGAGGAGGCGCUGCUGAAGCGCAUGAGUUCCUCGGAUACCCCUCUGGGCACCGUCGCGCUCCUCACCGAGAAGCAAAAGGCGCAGAAAACGCCGUACAUCGUCCUGAGCGGCAGCGGAAAGAGCAUGAACGCCAACACCAUCACCAAAUGACGUUGGGAUCAAUAAAGGCUUUGGGACAACCGUUCCGUGUGCUUGGCGUGUUCUUAGCGUGUUC